CAAGGUGAUAUGGCAUAUUCCACCAUGGUUAAGGAGCUCAAGUCUACCGACGGAACUCUCAUCUACGCAGAAGCCACCGGAGACCCAUCAAAGCCCAGUGUGGUCUUCGUGCACGGUUUCUUGCUGUCUGGUGAAUCGUUUGAUAAUCUAUUCGAAGAUCAGAAGUUACUGGACAAACUUUACCUGGUCCGUUACGACGUACGCAGCCAUGGACGAAGUGGGAAGCCGCAAACAAUGGAGGGUCACGCGUCGUCGUUGUAUGCCGACGACUUCAAGACUGUCAUAGAAGCCUUCAACCUAAGAAGACCUGUGUUCUGCGGAUGGAGUCUUGGAGGGAGCACUGGCGCCGACAUCUGUACCUACCUUGACCCUAUUCCGCUCUCCGGGCUGGUGUAUAUGUGCGCUGUUCCGUACCUUGAGCCAUCCGUCGUCGAAGGUACCGGAAGGCCCGACCUCAGAGGAUUGCUUACUGCAGUCUCAACCGAUGGCGAAGUCGUUGAUUCCAUCAACACCCGCAUCAAAUUUAUGGAGACGCUCUUCAAAGACCACCGCUCCGUCCCUUGGAAGACCAAGUUCUCUUGGAUGGGAUCCGGCGUCUUCAUGACGCCCGCCGACUGUCGCUUCGCACUGGGCCGUCCGCAAGAUGGAUCGAAGUUGCUGGAGGCGGGACGCAACGGCCUGCCCCUUUUGGUGAUCGCUGCAGGUGAUGACGAACAAUUGGAUGGAGAAGGAACGGUAAGAACCUUUGCUCCGCACUUUAAGAACAUGAAGGUCGCACGCAUCGCAAACGCUGGACAUGCUGUGCAUCUCGACCAGCAGGAGGAGUUUGUCAAGACUCUGAUCGCGUUUGUUCUUGGAGAGUGCCAUUGAAGGAGACCAACGGCAGACCAAGUAGGAAUUGUGCGAGUAUUGUUGUGUAAUAAUCAGCAGAUUCAAGUGCCAUUGAAGGAGACCAACGGCAGACCAAGUAGGAAUUGUGCGAGUAUUGUUG